UACAGAAGAAUUCCUCUUAAGUGGAACACCCUGUAUAAUUUUAAAAGGAAGCCUCUACAAAAAGCGAUUUCACUCAUCGUGGCUAUAUUCUGUGUUGGUCCUUUUCCAAAAUGAUGUAACUGUUAAAGAUGAGAUUAAAAAUAAUUUCUUUGUAGACUCAAGUAUUUGGAAACAGUACUAUUUAAUUUUAUUUCAGAUAAUUUUAUUUAUGAUUAACUUUGUCAACUGUGAUACUUAUUCAGCAUGUUUAGACGCGUUUGCCGUACUGGCAGGUCUUUUUCCACCCAAAGGUUCUCUGUUAUGGAACAAGGACCUACAAUGGCAACCCAUACCAGUACACACGGUACCCAUUGACAAAGACGAGGUGUUCUCGAUGAGAAAAAAGUGCCAGAAAUAUAUCAACCUGUUCGAGAAAACAAUGAUUUCCGACUACGUGAAAAAAAUCACGUCUAAAUUCUACGACUUCUUCAACUGCGUCGCGAGGUACACCGGUUGGGGUGAUGUGGAGAUAAGCCACGUAGCAAAACUCCAAACGAAUUUGGACGUUUAUUCCAGCUAUAACAGGUCUUUCAUACCACCUUGGUCUAAGUUUUUGGACAAGAAAGUACUAGAGUAUCUAGCUGCGGUAAAUCACCAAAGGUCCACCUUGACACCGGCCUUGAAAAGGCUCCUCACGGGACCUUUUUGGUCCAAUCUCCUCGCCCAUUUCGACAACGUAGUCAAUAACAUCGAUGGUACUCCCAAAUUCUUGAUGUUGUCGGCCCACGAUACGACGAUAGUCUCCAUUUUGAACUGCGUGGACGCCUAUGAUUUUUCCCCGCCUAAUUUCGGGGCUACGUUAAUUUGGGAAAUGAGAAAGAAUCGCGAUGGCGUCUACUACAUUAAUUUGUUCUACAAGAAGUCCGAAACGCAAGUUGAAAGGAUGAGAUUAGGAGAGCAUGGAUUUUAAAAAUUUGUUACAACCUUUAGUGGUUGACGGCUAUGACUGGGAAGAAGAAUGCGAAGAUGUGACUCAUAUUAGUAGACCGAGGCCAGAGAAGAAACCUUUCUUUGUAUAAAUUGAAGUGUUUGUUAUUUAUUUUUACCGAGAGUACAAAAUAGCAUAUCCAAAAAUAUGUUAUAACUAAUCAAAAGAAAUAAAAGUCUGAAACAU